AUGAAGAAAACGUUUGAAUAUGAUGAUAAACUUCCAUCUUUACCCUUACCAACAUUAGAACAUACACUUGAACGUUAUCUUGAUUCAGUACGAGCUGUUGUCAACGAUGAUGAAUAUAUUAAGACUAAAAAAAUUGUUGAACAAUUUGCUAAAGGAACUGGACGAGAAUUACAUGAACAAUUGAAGACUAAUAUUGAGAGUCAUCAGGAAAGAAACUGGCUUACAAAAUGGUGGGAUGAAGAAAUAUAUUUAAAAUGGCGAUUACCAAUCGCACCAGCUAUCAACAUGAUGGGUUUUAAUUGUUUAAUACCACCUAAAGUCGAUUCACAGCUAACACGAGCAUCCAUACAUAUUCAUGCUUGUGCUCUUGUUUUUGAAACUAUACGCGAGUAUGUUAAUAUAAAUUUAGAUUUAAAAAAAAAUAAUAAACUAAUUUUUUUUUCAAGAGAACGUUAUCCAAUAUCAUAUAUGGGUAAAUAUCCAUUGACAAUGUAUCAAUUAAAGCAUUUUUUUAAUACAUGUCGAAUUCCACAUAAAGAAUGUGACGAAUUAGUUAGUUCAUUUCGAACUGUUUCUGAAGACAUUCAAACUCCACCAACUCAUAUUGUAAUUAUUCGUAAUGGUCAUCUAUUUACAUUUGAUUUAUACGAAUCAAAGAAACUUCUUACACCACCUGAAAUUCUUCGAAGACUUGAAGAUAUUGUUAAACAAAGUGAUAAAAGUUCUGGACUUGGAUUAGGUGCUCUUACAGCAUUACCACGUGAUGAAUGGACAGACAUACAUGAUCAUUUAUGUCAAAUUAAUGAACAAAAUAAAAUCAAUUUUCAAAUUAUUGAACAAGCAUUACUUGUAUAUGCAUUAGACAAUGAUAAUCCUGAAAAUUUAACAGAGGUAGAAUAA